CCUAGAUUCCCCAUGGUGUUAUGACUUCGAUGACAUAAUUAUGUGUGACAAGUUAAAUAGGCUUUCAGCUUCUCCUGCAAAACCACAGGGGUUACCUGUCAUGCCACAGACCACACACGGACAACAUGAGGAACCUUCAGGUUCUCUCUGAAUACCAAACCUUGGGAUAACAGGGAGCUGCAGCUGUAUCCUUACUGUUGACAGGAUCCAGCUGAAGAAUUUUCUGUAUUCACUAAACAAUCUCUGGUACUGUUUAUGGGGUAAAUGGAAAACAGCACUAAUCCCCCCUAUUUUAACCUCACUAUGUUUGUGAACAUAGGCAACUACCGCUACCCAACAUUUGUCUUGUGUUUCCUGUUGUACACUUUUAUUAUCUCAGCCAAUCUUGUCAUAAUAGUGGUAAUAUCACGAGAGAAAACUUUACAUGAGCCCAUGUAUAUUUUUAUUAUGUGUCUCUCUUUUAACUCUCUGUACGGCUCUGCUGGCUUCAUCUUCAGAUUUCUGGGAGACCUCCUGUCUGAUACUCAUUUGAUCUCACGACCGGCUUGUUUCACUCAGAUCUAUGUCAUUUACACCUAUGCGUCUUACGAGCUCACCCUUCUAGGCAUUAUGGCAUAUGAUCGGUACGUUGCUGUAUGUCAGCCUUUACACUACCACAACAAAAUGACUUCCAAGCUGGUCUCUAAAUUGGUCUUCUUGGCAUGGAUCUAUCCGGCCUUUUCUGUUGCAGUCUGUGUUUAUCUGGCGUCCAGACUUCCACUGUGUGGCAAUAAGAUACCAAAGGUAUUCUGUGCCAACUGGCCUGUUGUAAAAUUGUCAUGUGUCACUACUGUGCUUAAUAACCUGGUUGGCAUGUUUGUGUCUACAAGUACAGUCUUCCUGCCCCUGGCUUUUGUUCUUUAUACGUAUGCCCGUAUUUUUCUCGUUUGUAGGAAACGCUCCAAAGAGUUCAAAGGCAAAGUCAUUCAAAGCUGUCUGCCACACAUUAUUACGUUUGUCAAUUAUUCCAUUACUGUGUUUUGUGAUGUUGCUCUCAGUAGAACUAAUCUUGAAAAUAUUAAUCCAUUUCUAGCUGUAAUUUUAUCACUUGAGUUUGUUGUGAUUCCUCCUAUUCUGAAUCCUCUUGUGUAUGGCCUGAAGUUACCAGAAAUAAGAAAACUUAUGCUAAGAAUGAUAUCAUGCUCAAAGCCUGAUUAACAAAUGAUACCUUAGAAAUAAGGAUAACGCAAUUAAUCUGUGCUGUUAGUGAUCUUAUGUAGAGUUCUUUCAUCAGUACUUUAAAAUCUCUCAUUUACACACUUGGCUGCAGCAAUGAUGUGACAUAUUAGAGGUACUGAAUACCUGUGCAAACACAUUUCUUUUAAUAUUGAUAUUAAAAGGUAUUUUUUUCUGUUGAUCAAUGGAAAAAAUCUCACUUACGGUGUAUUCAGUGGUGUCACAAAAUAAAAUAUAUGAGAAAAAAACUCCAAGGCACUAAUAUUUUUCUUGUACAUUUGGAUUGACAGAAAAAUAGUGUGUGAUGAAAAGUGGCAUUAUGAAAUAAAAGCAUCACUGGGAAAAAUGUCA